AUGGGACUCAGUGUCUCAGUCUCUACACGAAGACACCAAGGAAGGGACACCAUGGAUCAGACCCUUGAAUCUCAAGCCUCCAUGGAGUGCUCCGUCAGCUCCUCACUCUUCGUGGCGAUAACCUUUCUGACCAUGGUUGAGGGCGUGUUGACCCUGUUUAUAUACAUCAAAGAGCGGCGUUUGAGGAAGAGAGAGCCGAGCCCUUUCGUGUACAGUCUGGCCGUCAGUAUCACCCUGCUGUCUGCGCUCUCCUUCGCCUUCAACGUCAGACUCCUUUCGCGUUCGUGUCCAAACGACAGGAGUGUCAUGUGGUGCGUCGUGUUGAACAUUCUCCUGCGGUACCUGCACGUCGUCUCCUGCUUCUGCGUGACGUGUCUGGCGCUGUACCGAUACCUGUACCUGUGCUGGCCCCUCCGCUACCCGAUGCUGGUCACCAAGCGCCGCUGUUGCUACGUCACUCUCGCCUGCUGGACGCUGCCCUUCGCCCUGGUUGCGGUGCCGUCUGCGAUCGACGGUCAGGCUCCGUGCGCUGACAUGCAGGUGACGGUCUCCUUCUAUGCCACCUACGUCGUCUUGUACAUCCUAGGCGCCCUCGCCACCUUCGUCGCGUACCUCCUGGUGGCGCUGGAGUUCAGGAGGAAGCACCACAGAGCUUCGCCGAACGCAGACAUCGCCAAGUUCGACUUCCUCGCGAAAAUCAUAAUGGUCGUCGUGAGCAUGACCCAGGUCGAGAUAGCCCAGAUGAACAGGAACAUCCCGGCCCUCCUGCAGCGCCUCCACCUCCUGCUGUUCCUCCCCUUCUACGCCUGGGCCAAUCCCUUCUUCCGCGCCGCCCUCACCAGCUGGGCCAAGAGGACGUGGUCGAGGAUGACCUGCGGAGACGGCGAGGGCGACUUCGACCUCCACAGCAACGGCACGAACGGGGACUCAGCCGAGAAGACGGAGAAGUUGCGGCAAGAACCUUCUGUCUGA